UCUGUUUGGCUUUCUGUGUGUGCAUAACAGACACUUUUUGUAGUGUUAUUAUCUGUUCUCAAUGCUAAUGUUAGGCACUCCCAAGGCUACAAUUCCUUUAUGAAAUGUCCCUUAUGAAAUUAGGUCAAUUUGAUCCUAAUCACUAUGCACCUGUUACAAUUCAAUUCUGUUUGGCUUUUAGCUUUCUCUGUGUGUGCAUAAGAGGCACUUCUUUGUACAGUUCCCAAUGAUAGCUUGUUGACUCAGAAUCAUGGUCACUGCUAUCCAGGAGAUCCUGCAGUACCUCCUCUCUAGUAUACGAAGGCCUCUUAGUCAUUGUUGUCCUGUAGAAUUAAUUUUUAUUGUGUUUGUUGUGUUGUAUCUUCACUUUGAAUUUUAAUAUUGAAUGCAAUUUUCACUUAAAAAUACAAGCAUAUUUUUGAUAGCUAACCUGUAGUGAUCCGUGUCCCUAUGGCUUCAGGUGACCUUGGAGUGAAUCCUUAUGAGGUUGUGGAGACUUGGAAGGUUCUGGCUUACCACAUCUAUGCUAAUGUGUGUAACAUGCAGCUGCCCCAAUAUUGCAUCAUAGCAGCAACCCAUAAUUACGCAAAUUUAAGUCAUCCAGUUAAUCAAGAAUUUGGUUCUGAUGCUCCAUGCACUGUAUAUAGUAUUCCCUGAUGAUGGUGUGUGUGUGUGGUGGCUGCAAUGUGUUUGUUGGUAUGAGCAGUUGACCUGCUGACCUCUUAGCUUCAUGUGUGCAUGCAUGUGUCCCCUCCACACACCCCACACACUACACCCACACACCCACACACCCCACACAAUACACCCACUCCACACAACCAACACACUUCACCUCACCCACUCCACACACACCCCCACACACCUCACAGCACGGACUCACAGUCACUGCAGCAGGCUCUCUGUUACCUGGGGAUUGUUCACAAUGACCUGAGACUGCCGGGUCAUGGCAUCAUUAAGAGGUCAGUACAUAGUUACGUGGGCAUGACCUCUGUCAUCUGAAAUACUGAGGUCAGAGGUCAUGAGUAUGUUUAUUGCUUUUGGGCCUAAAUUUUAUAUUUUUUUGAAGAAACAGCAAGGAUAUAGAGAGUGUCAUACAGGGGGGAUAUCCCCCCUGCAUUCAUGCAGGUACUAGUUGGGGUCCAUAGCUGGCAAUUUUACAUACUAACAGCUAUAGGGUAUUGAAGUAACAGUUGACCUUUUUUUUUAGCUAGUUACAUUUCAACAAUCAUUUCCCACUAUAAUUAUACGUACGGUAAUCGUCUAAUUUCAUGCUAAAGAAUGUGUGUGCCUUUUGAUGGAGGAAUCAAUGAUUGAUUUUAGUAUACGUAGCUGUACCCACAUUGUACUGUUAUAUACAGCUAAAAUCCUAAUCACACCCACACACACACACCCACCCACCCACACCCCACCCACACAUACCCACACAUACCACACCCACAGGCACAAGGCAGACUAGUGUCCUCCUGGUGAAGCUACACCUUCAACUGUAUGAGAUGUACACACAAGAACACAAUCUGCUUGACUUCGAUCAAGAGUGUACUAACUUUAAUUUAUUAGCUUACUAGUGACCUACGUAUAUACCACAACCAUUAUUUCCAUUUCUUUCAUGCAUGUUUGUUCAUUGCAUUUCUUGAUAAUUAUAAUCAUGGUGACUAA